AUGCAUGCAUAUGCACAUUUAAAAGUGAAAACUUAAACUUCCUGUUGUCAAAAUUCGAAGAAUGAAUGAUUGAAUAUUUUUGGCAAGCAAGCCUAGCCCAAAAGAGUCAAUGAUUUUGCUUGUUUCACCACGCAGGUAUUAUGCAUUAAUUAAAUUGGUUCAAUCAAAAUUGUACUUUAAAAAAAUAAUGCACUCUUGCACGGUAUGAUUUUCCUCCUUGACAAUUUAGCAUAUUUCUUCGUCUUCGAUUAGUCUCUGCUUGUAUUUUUUCUCUCCGUCAUCAUCAGUCCCAAGAUAAGCGUCAAUGAUGUCGCGUCUCUUGUAAGCCUAAACAUAUUUUCGUGGAUUCAAGUAAAGCGAGUGUUCAUCAUGACUUACGCUAGUUUCUUCCUUGUGCUUUAUGUUUUGGGGGCAAGUUUUGCGAACCAGCAGCAAAACCAGCAAAGUUAUCUGGGUCCUUCUUCCACACAAAAUGAACUAGGCCAAAUUCACGGAUCAACUCGCAUGGUACACAUUCCACCAGAUAACGAGCCUACUGUCGUUUUUACACGAAUUCGAAUCCCAUCAAACAACCUGCAACAUAACUUUAUAUCAGAAGGGCAGGAUAAUAAUUACCUCAUCAAGCCUCAACAACCGACCGUAGAUUCUCUCAUCCCAACAACGUAUCGUCCAUCAUCACAUGAAGUACUCUUCCAAAAUGUUGCGAACCCUACAGCAGUGUCCGAACCUUCGCCCCUUCCGGAAGCCACACCCAGACCGUUGAUAACCCUCUAUGACACUGGGAACCCACAUCAACACCAAUACUUCACAAGGGGACAACCCCAGAUAAAUCAACCGGCUAAUACGGGAGGAUUUUCCCCUAUUUCCGGAUAUCUCAUACAGAACGUUCCAGCAUCAGUGCAUUAUUCACCUUCUUCCCCAGUCAUCCAACCUCUCAGUAGUUACAAUUAUCCUGGUGCUACUAAAUUCGUUGGGGUGUUAUCAAAUGCUGCAACCCUGUUAAGAUCAACUGCUGACAAAAUGACCCGGCUUGGCAUCCCCUCUCCAUUUCCUUUUGCUCUUCCCGACACUACAUUUGUGAAACCAGUACGAAUUCCGGGUUACACUGUCAACCCUGCGAGCAGUACUGCACCUCUCGGACAACAACAAGUAGUUGACAAUUCAGCAGGACCGGUUUCCAAUGCUAAUGUCUCACCUUAUAAAAUACAUUUAACGAAAGCUGUGCUGGGAGGAAAUUUGCAAUAUGGUCCUAAAAAACUAAGAUACUCGAACGGAAAGUAUGCUGGAAGUAUGCCACCCCCAGGACCUCAACCAGCCCCUCUUUUUCAUAAUCCUACACAACACGCCCCACAAAUAUAUCUCGAAAAUGCAAGCACCCGAGAACAAAUUCAGAACUCGGCGUCGUCGGCGUCAAUUCAAAAAUCAAUCUACUCACAACCACCAAAUGGUCACCCAACUCCCAAUCAUUAUUACAUCAGAGGACAGCAGGUGCAGCCAAUAUUGACCUUGUUACGAUCAUAUACGGAUUCACUUGUGCAUGCAUUUAAUAAAAUGUAUUAGGAACUAAAUAUGCUCAUCAUGUUACACGAAUACAUAUCUUGUCUUUGUUAUUUACAAUUAAAAUGUAAAAUAAAAUGUACUAAUGUUAAAAUGUC